AUGACAACACGAGGCGGGCGGUCGUUCAUGCCCAUCCCGCCCCGCUCUUGCGUUAUGCAUGAACCCGCCAACGAUACUCGAUUAACCCGUGGAGCGCGAUGUAUCUCGUCUGUGCGAAACGCUGAUGACGACGGGGACAGGACGGUUGCAGCCAGCAGUGCACCCAAGACGAUACCCAAGGCCCUAAGACGUGCCCAGGCGGCCUGGCAAAGGUACUUUGUCAUGGGCAGAGAUUGUGCCAACCACCUGGGCGGUGGCGGUGCUGCGCGGGUGCUGGCCGCUCCCGGGACACCCAAACCCAAAGUGUCGCAGGUGCAGGAAUGCAAAAAUACGCCGGCGUGCACGCUGCAAAUAGUUGCUGCUGCCCUUGGCUGCUGCCCAGGAGACCAGGCCAUUCCAGGAGUGCCUGAGCAGAGGGCCACACGUUACAGGCCCAGCACCAGGCCUCCUCAUCGGCCCAGCGCUACUGCAUCCUGCUUCUGCGCGGACAGCCAUUUGGAUAUCCUGAACUGA